GGCUGGCCGCCUCGCCGCUCAGGAUGGCCCGCAAGGUGCCGCGGGCGGAGGUGUGCGCCGACUGCAGCGCCCCAGAUCCUGGCUGGGCAUCCAUCAACCGCGGAGUGCUGGUUUGUGACGAAUGCUGCAGCGUCCACCGCAGCCUAGGGCGGCACAUAUCCAUAGUCAAGCACCUCCGGCACAGCCCCUGGUCUGCGACCCUCUUGCAGAUGGUGCACACACUUGCUAGCAACGGUGCCAAUUCUAUAUGGGAACACUCGCUACUUGAUCCGGCGCAAGUCCAGAGUGGGAGGCGCAAGGCAAACCCCCAAGACAAAGUUCACCCCACCAAGUCGGAGUUCAUCCGUGCCAAAUACCAGAUGCUGGCCUUUGUCCACAAGCUUCCAUGCCGGGACGACGACGGUGUGACUGCAAAGGACCUCAGCAAGCAGUUGCAUUCAAGUGUCCGGACAGGAAACCUGGAAACCUGUUUGCGCUUGCUUUCUCUGGGGGCUCAAGCCAACUUCUUCCACCCGGAGAAAGGGACCACCCCUCUGCACGUGGCAUCCAAAGCCGGGCAGAUCCUUCAGGCUGAGUUGCUCGUGGUUUAUGGAGCUGACCCCGGAGCCCCCGAUGUGAACGGCCGUACCCCCAUCGACUAUGCUAGGCAGGCGUCCCAACAUGAGUUGGCUGAACGGCUGGUGGAGUGUCAGUACGAACUUACAGACAGGCUGGCCUUUUAUCUCUGUGGGCGCAAGCCAGAUCACAAGAAUGGGCAUUACAUCAUUCCGCAGAUGGCCGACAGAGUGCGUCCAAAGUGCAUGUCCCAAAGCCUGGACCUUUCUGAAUUGGCAAAGGCAGCCAAGAAGAAAUUGCAAGCGCUUAGCAACCGCCUCUUUGAAGAACUGGCCAUGGAUGUCUACGAUGAGGUCGACCGUCGGGAAAAUGAUGCAGUCUGGCUCACCACGCAGAACCACAGCACGCUGGUGACGGAGCGCAGCGCCGUGCCCUUCCUGCCGGUGAACCCCGAAUACUCCGCAACACGCAAUCAGGGUCGGCAGAAACUCGCCCGCUUUAAUGCCCGGGAGUUUGCCACCCUUAUCAUCGAUAUCCUGAGCGAGGCGAAGCGCCGGCAGCAAGGCAAGGGUUUGGUCAGCCCCACAGAGACCCUCGACUCCGCUCUGCACGGCCCCAGCGACGUUGAUGACCAGCACGACUACGACAGCGUUGCCUCAGACGAAGACCCCGACCAGGAGCCCCUGCGAGGGGGCAACGCUGCUCGCAAUAACCGGGCCCGGAGCAUGGACUCUUCCGACCUCUCCGAUGGGCCCAUCACGCUGCAGGAGUACCUGGAGGUGAAGAAGGCCUUGGCUGCUUCGGAAGCCAAAGUGCAGCAGCUUAUGAAAGUCAACAACAGCCUGAGCGAUGAACUGCGGCGGUUGCAGAGAGAGAUUCACAAGCUGCAGUCAGAGAACAUGCAGAUCCGUCAGCAGGCGGGGCAGGCCCACCCGGCGGGGCCCCCUCCCAGUGAACGCCCCGAGCAUGGCCACGCCGCUUUGCCUGCCACUGGAGCCCACCGGCGCGACCGCCAUGCGUUCUCCAUGUACGAGCCGGGCACCAGUGCGCUAAAGCCCUUUGGGCAGCAGCAGCCGGUGGACGACCUGGUGACCCGCCUGCAGCCGUUCCACCCCGGGGAGAUGGACGACGAGACCAUGUAUUCUGUGCACAGUCCGUCCGGCAUUUACCGGGUCCGGAAGGGAGGCUCUGUCUCGUCAAUGCCUUUUCCUCCAUCUUCUCCGCUCCUCUCGUGCCAACCGGACAGCGGGCGUCACAUGCCUGGGAAACUGGACCGCCAUGGCAGUGGUACGGACAGCGAUUACGACAAUACACAGGGAGGGGACCUGCCACUCAGCAUGGAUGGGAAGCGCUUCUUAGACCUGGGCAAAGAUGACGAUUUGCACCCUGAACCGGAGCCCCUGGAAGGAGACCUGGACCCGGGGCUGCCCAGCACGGAGGACGUCAUCCUCAAGACGGAGCAGGUCACCAAGAACAUCCAGGAGCUGCUCCGCGCUGCUCAGGAGUUCAAGCACGACAGCUUCGUCCCCUGUUCGGAGAAAAUCCACACGGCCGUCACGGAGAUGGCGUCGCUUUUCCCCAAGAAGCCUGCCCUGGAGACGGUGCGCAGCUCCCUGCGCCUCCUCAAUGCGAGCGCCUACCGGCUGCAGAGCGAGUGCCGCAAGACGGUGCCCCCCGAGCCCGGGGCCCCCGUGGACUACCAGCUCUUGACGCAGCAGGUCAUCCAGUGUGCCUACGACAUUGCCAAGGCAGCCAAGCAACUGGUCACCAUCACGACGCGCGAGAAGAAGCAGUGAA